UUAUUUUUUGUUGUCUUACGACGCAGUCAUCAUUUGUUCUCACUCUCGCAAAAAAAAAGUGUCGCCGGUAAAAAUUGAGAUAUUUUAUUGAAAAAAUAUAAAAAAUUAAAUAAUUAACCGUGAAAAUGAUCAAAACAACACUUUAUUUGUUGAUUGGAAUCGCAUUCCUUUUCUGCAACGUUGAGUCACAAUGUCUUCAAUGCACCUCUGAAAACAACGGCGACUGCAACAAUCCCAACGGAAAUGGCUAUUCCCGUGGUUGCGAAGGAGGCACCGCUCAUUGUUACGUUCGUGUUGUCGAUGGUCGCGUAAUCCGUGGCUGCCAAAAAGACCUUUCCACCGAAGUUUUGUCGCAUUGCUCCCAAAAUGAAGACGAAGCCACUUGCCGCACUUGCAACUCGACAAAUUGCAACGGAGGUCUCUUCCCGCCGCACCGCAUCUUCUGUCAUCACUGCGACGAACGCAAAGAGGAUGGAAAUUGCACGCAGAAAAUCGAAGGCACUCCCUUCCCGUGUCGCACAUAUCAAGCGAACGACCAAUGCAUCGUGCGUCAACAUGGCGAUCACGUCAUCCGGGAAUGCUUGUCGGACUACGAGGACUGUUCGAAGGAAAAAAGUUGCCAAAAAUGCGAUUCGCAUGGAUGUAACAACGAAGAGUACAAGGGAACUGGAACUACCGUCACUUUUAGCAUGCUCGUCAUCGCCGGUUGUCUUUUGAUGACAAACGCGUUUUACUGAAUUUGGGUGACAAAUUCGUCGAUAAGAUAAGAAAAAAGUUGUAGAAGUAUUAAAAAUUAAUAAAAAAAAAUUAAAAUUAUUAAAAAAAA